AGAGUGUGUAAGCAGUAGGUAAGACAGAGCAGGAGGAUGGUGUCGGUGUGCACGGUGCUGCCGCUCCUGCUGCCGUUGCUGAUGAUCCAUGGGGGCAGAGGGGGGAGUGGGACCUUCACCUUCACCUGCCCUCAGAUCUGCACCUGCACCCCGGGCACACUUACCUGCACCGGGUACACCGAGAAAACAGCCCGGGCAACAGCCUUCACUAACAUCCUAAGAUUAGCGCAGCUGCCUCUCACAGAAGUGCGAAGUGGGACAUUCCAAGGUCUCAUCAACGUGUCCAGAAUUGAAAUUUCCCAAAGUGACUCCAUCAGAAAAAUCCAAAGCGAGGCAUUUCUCUCGCUCCACAGCCUGAUUGAAAUCGCAAUACUUAACAUCAUCCACCUGUCAGCAAUAGAAAAGGGAGCCUUCACAGAUCUGCCAAGACUGAGAUACCUGAGCAUUUGCAACACAGGAAUAAGGCAUUUCCCGGAUUUUUCUCGAAUCUCCUCAAUGGGGCUGGAUUUCUUUCUGGAGAUGGGAGACAACAUACAGCUAAACAGCAUCCCAGCUAAUGCGUUUCAAGGCAUAUCCAAGGCAGACAUGUACAUGAAACUUGUCAGAAAUGGAAUUACUGAGAUCGAAGCCCACGCCUUCAAUGGGACCAGACUGGAAAAGUUGAUCCUUAAAGACAACCAGCACCUAAAUAAAAUCCAUGAUGAUGCUUUUGAGGGGGCAGAAGGACCAACUUUGCUCGAUGUAUCAUCCACCGCUCUCCGUUCGCUCCCUACGCGAGGACUGGGAGAGAUGAAGGUUCUCAUAGCGCGCUCUACACCGUCCCUGAAGACCCUCCCUCCGCUGGAGAACCUCUCAGAGCUGCAGGAGGCCAACCUCACCUACCCAAGCCACUGCUGUGCCUUCCACACCUGGAAACGCGACAACAAGGAGGCUGCUGUAUUCAAUCGCUUCAAGGAUCUAACCAUGCUGUGUAACAUGGCUGCCCAAGCAGAUACCAUGGACCCAUCGGCUGAAGAUCUUAAUGACAUCAACUUCCACUACCCCGAUCUGGAGUUGUGUGUCAGCAGCAGAUCCUUCAAGUGCACCCCAGAACCGGACGCCUUCAGUCCUUGCGAGGACUUGCUUGGUCAUAGUUUUCUGCGUGUCAUCACUUGGAUUGUCACGACUUUCGCUCUCGUGGGAAACCUGGCUGUGCUGUUUGUCCUGCUGCUGAGCCACCAGAAGCUGAGCGUCUCCCGGUUCCUCAUGUGCAACUUGGCCUUUGCAGAUUUGUGCAUGGGGUUCUAUUUGCUGCUUAUCGCUUUGGCGGACUAUCGCUCGCGCCAAGAGUACUACAACCAUGCUAUGGAUUGGCAAACGGGCCUGGGAUGUGGCGUAGCCGGGUUCUUGACUGUCUUCUCAAGCGAACUGUCGAUCUAUACUCUCACUAUGAUCACCCUAGAGCGCUGGCACACCAUCACUCACGCCAUGCAGAUGAGCCGGAGACUGAGGCUUCGCCAUAUGGUCACCAUGAUGGCGAUUGGGUGGGGAUUUUCCCUUUUAAUGGCGCUGCUUCCUGUUUUUGGAGUCAGCAGCUACACUAAAGUGAGCAUCUGCCUUCCGAUGGACAUCGAGACUCCAGUGUCUCAGGGUUACGUGGUGGCUGUGUUGGUCAUAAACGUUGCAGCGUUUCUGUUAGUUUGUUUCAGCUACGCCGGGAUCUAUUUAAGCGUGCGCAGCCCGGAUGUGCCGACACGUCACGGAGACGCAAGGAUGGCCAAACGUAUGGCAGUGCUCAUCUUUACAGACUUCCUGUGCAUGGCGCCCAUCUCGUUCUUCGCCAUUUCCGCUGCUUUGCACAUGCCUCUGAUCACCAUCUCCCAAUCCAAAAUCCUUCUCAUCCUUUUCUACCCGAUCAACUCGCUGUGCAACCCGUUUCUCUAUACCAUAUUUACACGAGCCUUCCGCAGGGACAUGUGUUUGCUCUUAAGCCGAUGCGGCUGCUGCAACGCUCAAGCGGAGUCCUACAGGUUGCAUGGUCUGUCGAGGGUCGCCUUGACUCCAAGGAGGCAGAGAGCGAGGACAUCUCACUCAAAUCAGUUUCGAGCCUAUCACAUCAAGCUGCAUGGGUGUUUCUUCAAUAAAGCAGCGACAUGAGCUUUAUGUUUUAAAGUGACUGACUGCUAAACAGCAAUCUGUGAAGGAUAUACUUUGAACACAUAUAUAUGGUUCGUACUGUGAAUGCUCUUUAUAUAUUUUAAUUUAUUAUUGCUUUUUGUUUUCAGAUGUUCUUUUCUAGACUAUCUGCAGGAAUGGAAAACGGUUCUGUCAGAACCUUUGUAAUUAAAAGUUUAUAUUUAUAUAUUUAUACACUUCGUUUGAAGCAAAGAUGGCUUUAUUUUAAAUUGGACACGCAAUCAUUUUUUGAACUCCUUUCCCUGAGCAAUUGCAUGGAUUCCUUUAAGCUUGGAGGACUUUAGCUGGUGUUUCCUCAUGGAUAUAUUCGGAAUUUGAAAUGAAGCAAUGUAUGCUGAGGCUAAGGAACUUACAGGAGGCGUAAUACACCUGGGGUGUUUUCUCCAAUUUGAAAGUAAAUUUAAGUUGUUGCCAUAUUUCUGUUCGUGUUCGGUUUUCAUUCCACAUUACAAUAACUACAGACAUCUCUGUCUGUCUGCUUGUUUGGUUUGCAGACUUACGAUUUCCUAUUCCCUGAGCAGGUCUGAACAAACAUUAAGAUGUAUGUGUGAAAUUACAUUUGGAAUAAGUUGCACACAAUCUAAACACGGAUCUUUUAAAGAUGCCUUGGGUAACUUUGGGGAAAAUAUGUUUGAUGUACCAAGUAGUAACAUUUGGCUGUGGUUCAACAAUGAAAUCACAUAAAGCUCAAUCAUACGGCACAUGGAGAUCAAACAUUAAAAUAUAUACAUACAUAUUCAUGAUUCAUCUUUACUUUUGUUUAUGGAGUUUUCGAAUUGUGUAAUGAAGACCUUGGCACAAGAAUAAAUUUGUAUUGACAAAAACAUGUUGCCACUGGGGACAAUGAAGUAGCGCUAAGGUCUUUUUGUUUGAUUCUCCUAAAUUUUUGAAUGUAAUUUUAUGAUGAUGUCAUGGGUGAGCAAAGUACACAAAUCCUGUACUUGAGUAAAAGUAGAGAUUCUCUAGGGCAAAUAUUACUCAAGUAGAAGUCCUUAAUCUUCUUGUGUGCCUGAGUAAAAGUACAGAAGUACUCACUUAUACUCACUGUAUGUAUCAAAAGUACUGAG